AUAUAUAGACUUUUAACUUGCAUAUAUUCUGUAAAAAUAACGUGCCAAAUUUGGGCAAAAAACUGCGGAAAUAUUAUCUGUGCGAUGUGCUAAAUCAUUUGUAAAAGAAUAUGCAGAAUAAUUCAUACGAUUUAUACACGGGAAACCACUUUGCAAACAAGACCAUGUCAAAAUCGCCAUUCUCACCCGAAUCCCAGGGAUAUCAUAGCGAUUCAGACAUUUCUAUCGAAGACAUGGGUCACAGUAGUGCUAAACUACAGACAAUAAAAACGGAGGAUUUGCAUGUAAAUUCUCCGUCUCCGACGAGAGAUUGCAUAGACUGCAUGGACGAGGAACUACAAAUUCCUCCACCUGCGAUACAGGAUUGCCCCAACCCACAACAAUCUGUGGUUGCUAACCCCUCCCCAAAAAGGUCGAAGGUCAAACCCAGUCCUACCAAUAUAUUGGACGAACUGGAAAAUUUGGGGCCCUCGAGUAUUGUCCUCCCUCCCCCCUCAACAAGCAGUCAGAAAAAAGAAGCAGCGCGACCUGGACACAUCAAGCGUCCACUGAACGCCUUCAUGGUGUGGUCGCAAAUCGAAAGACAUAAAAUCACCUCCAAGGCGCCGAAAAUGCAUAAUGCUGAGAUCAGCAGAAAUUUGGGGAAAAGAUGGCGCGAGCUAGAGGAUUCGAAAAAGCGCCCGUUUAUUAUUGAAGCAGAAAGGUUACGUCUCCAGCACAUGCGAGACCAUCCUGACUACAAAUACAAACCAAAGAAGCGAACGAAAAGUAUGUCAAAGAAGGAAAACGAAGAAGUAGAAAACAUUAGCAAAGUCGCAAGGAUGCACUGUGACGAUAACAAAGAAAGCACCAUAGUUGUUGUGACGCAACACGAUACUGAUGCAAAUAAAACUGUGACAUCACAAAACAUUGCAAACCAGCAGACGACAAGUGUCAUCAACAAGAAGAAAAAAUCCCCCGCGAAAAAGGCAAAAACGAACAAAAUCGAGAUUCCCGAUCAAAUCACCCAAAACGUACCUCCCAUCUCCUCCCCGACCCUCAAAGCUCUCCUCUCGCCGACCUCAAUAACCAACGGUGCAUGCAACAACACUAUGACGUCAUCGCCCUGCGUCACAAACAUAAAAAGGGAAACGACGCACUGUGACGUCACACAGUCGAAUACAAGGCCAGCAAUACUAACGAACUGUAACGGCUUUGCCACCAUAAAAAUCGAACCGAACACGGAUUUCGAACAGUCGAACUGCCAAACUAGGCAGUAUGUGAUAUCAACCACAGGAGGUUCGAAGCUUACCUGUCUGCAAAACGCCCAACCGAACCCGAAUUCGAACUGCUACAUUCAGUCACAACAGACAAAUAUCUUUCAGUUUCAACCGAUACAGCGACAUGAAGACACAACGACACAGCGACAAAUGCAAGAAUUUGACGAGAUUUUGGAAAGUUUUUGCGGAGGAAGCACUAAGGAGCCUGUGGGAUUCGACCUGAACCAAAUAACGCUACAAUCUCGCGUGGGAAUGCACGAUCCACGUCAACCCGAAUCACAAUUCGGUUCGUUCGAACUCACACCCGAAGUUUCCGAUCUUCUAGAUUCGGAUUUUCUACCAGAUUUGGGGUUCCCGGAUCUAUCGUUUUGAGGUCGCAAAACAGCUGAUGAACACUCAUGUAAAAGUGACUCUAUAGCGCUCUCUAGCGGAUGAGGAUGACAACUCCUUCCACAACCGAAGACCAAAGCAAUAUUUUGAUCAAUCAAAUCCGGUUUCAAUCUGGACUCCGAGUCCAACCCCAAAAUCCGGAAAACUAACGCUCUUGUAAUAGAGCAGAGUACUUUGAUUAUAGUAAUACAACUCUGAAUUGGUCUCAAGACCAAAGAACAUUGCACUACACAUCCGGAAUAAAUCCGGUUUUAUCACCCAAAACUCUGACCACAACCUAUAUCACUUGGCAAGUUAGUUAAAAACUUGACGCCCAAUUUUUAUUCCUCCUCUGAUCCCUCCCCUAGAUUCUAAUUUAUACAAAUUUUAUUAAUUUAUUGAUACUAAUCUGGUGCUGAAACGAAAAUCCUCAAAAUCAGUGACUUUUACCCAAAACUUUUACUAUUUUGAAAAGUUUGAACCAAAUUACGUGUUUUUACCAGAAACUUGGAAUUUUUUGUAAUUUUUCUAUUAAUAUUUGGCUAUAGUCAGAAAUCACAUUGUGUGAAAGAAGACAAAAUGUAUAGAAAUAUUUGCAAUUCAUUAUUAUUGGGAAUUUCCAAAACUUUAAAUGAAGGAGAAUUCGAAACUAAAAUUGUUAAAAAGUAUAGAUUUUUUUUGUUUGUCAGAAACGAUAUUUUUAGGAAAAGGAAUUUGAAAAUUCGAAUGGUUAUGCCGUACUGUUGAAGAGUUUAAAAAGAGUUUAAAGUCGAUAAAAAAAACAAUUUUAAUUUAUAAAUAAAAGUUGGAGGUUUGCUAAAGUUGAAUUCUUUUGAGACCUGAUUCUAAACUGCAAAAGAAUUUUAAACUGGAAUUUGAAAAUGCUUGUUAGUCUCUAAAACCACCAAAAAUGGGCGAAUUGAAAACUUUAUAUUUCUGGUUUUAAUUCCACGAAAAAAACCUAAAUUUUGAUAUUGUACAAACUUUUUUAUUGUCCUGUGAGUUUUUUAUGAUGUACAUAGGAUUCUGUGACUUUUUUUAUUCGAAAAGUGCUGUUUUUCAUCAAUUUUGUGAGUUUUUAAAAUUGUUCCGCUAUCCAGUGGCCUUUUUCAUCCAGACCGGGUAAGCAUGAAUAUGUUCCGUACAACUCCUAAUCAAUAAAAAUUAGAUUCCGGAUUCGGAUUUAAAAUUUGACUCCGGUAAAACCAAAUUUAAAUUACAAGAAAUCUUGCUGUAUGCAGACUUUCUCUAGCUCCUAUCCCAAAUUUCGAUUUCAAUUCUCCACUUUGUAAAUCUAAAAUUCCACCACCGGAUAUCCGGAGAACCCCCAUGAGCGUUCUUUUUAUGGUAGACUGCUCAGAGCCUGUUUCGGAGUGUGAACUCCCCUUUGUUCCCCCUUUUUUAAUAAUAAAUAGAUCUUGGUUAUUAUAUUAUAUGGUACUUUUCAGCAAAAUAUUUUAUCCCAGAAUGUAAUAGUGCGUGUUUUUUAUUAUUAUGUAUUUUAAUUUUUUUAUGGGGGGAGGGGGGUACUGUAACAAAAAAUCUUAUUUUAAAUGAUCAAUGAUUUUAAAAUAAUCUAACGUCCAAGCGUGGGCCAUACAUAUGCUUGGUAUAUUCAUGCUCAAUAUAACCCUGGCCAUACCUAAACUAAGAUGCUUUGACCCCUCAUUCAGCAGGUCUGAUUGUGGCUUCAUUUUAUUUUGCUGUGGUGCCGGAGUCGACUAAAAAAUUCAUAUCCGGAUCCUUUAAAAUUUCAUGUCCGUAUCCAGUCUAAAACAAAAUCAAUUUUUCAGUAUCUCUGUUAAAUAUGGUUUACUUCAGAAUAUAUUCAAUAUUUCAUAUUCAAAAUGAUUUUCAUAAUGUAUUGGGUGUCGCGGAGUCAACUCAAAACUUCGUAGCCGAUUCAUACAGAAAUCCGGUUUAAAACAAAUAUUUUUCAUUUCAGUUUUGAUUCCUAUAAAUUUGUUCAAUAUGCGAAUGUUUUAUGUUGAACAUGACCCUUUUCUCACAUUCAAAAAAAUUAUUUCAGAAUUUAGUUGGAAUGGUAAAUUUGAUUUUACAAAAUUAUGCAAUCUGGCUCUGCAUGGCCAAUACUGUUUGAAUCAACUUUCUGCAUUUCCAAUUUCAAAUUCGUUCAAUGUACAGAAUGUGUGGGUAACAGUUGAUAUCAAUUAGAAAACGAUCUAAUAAUUGAUAACUUUGUUUCUGUUCUUUGUAUCUCAUGAUAUUUUCGUGUUUCCAAAUCUAAAUUUAUUGAAUAUGUACUGACUCUGGUUUACUGUUGGACACCACAUUUGGAAUAAUUCGAAAAUAUUACUACAGGAUAUAUUCGGAAUAAUAAAUUCGAUUUAACGAAAUUAUUCGUUCUCGGCCAAGACUUCUUUGUUCCAAUUUUGAAAAUUUCAUUUGUGAAACUAUUAUUUCAUAAUGUAUUCGGAAUUGUGGAUUAUCCGGUUUCGUUUUUUCCCGGGUCUGGGCAUGCACUCAUCUCUUUCCAAUACCGUGGGACUUGAAUGAGCCCUGGUUUGUGAGCGAUUGCAUUUUUUAUUGGAACGCCAUUAAAAAAGCGUAUGUAAAAACGUUCUUCUUAACUUUCCUCUCCUACUUUUAAUACUGGACCAGCUUUUGUUUAUAUCUUUUUGUACCAUAAAUAUUAUCUCUCCGCUGGCCCGGUGACUACUGUGUAUAUUUCGUAGUGUAACUGUGUGUUCAUUUUAACCCUGUAUUCUUAUUUUUUCACGCUUGGUCAAACAGUUUUCAACAAUAAUUUGCAUAAAGGUCAUUCCUUACAUGACGUCAUGUUUAUUGUUACGUCACUAUAACUGUUGCUUUUUCGUUUGUUACGUCGCGUUUUAGUAUUUUAUGACGUCAUCUAUUAUUUGCGAAGAAGUGCCUAUGACGUCAUAUCAAAAAUACAAAACGUACAAAAUAGUAUUUUUUCGAUUUUUUGUUCAUUCAAGCGUAUAAAGUCAGAAUUUUAUAUACCAAAUUGCUUUUUCUUGAAUUUCUGCCUUUUUGUUAUCGUUAAUUACGGAGCCGCCAUAACUCUAUAUAUUUUCAGUAGAUCUUUGUAUAUGAGUAGUGCUCGUAGCUUUUCUCAGAGAUGAGCCUCUGAGCUUUGGGUAAAUUCUCUUCAAAACGUCCUGGACGGGUAUUGAAUUGUAAGAGUUGAAUCCGUACUAUUACUCCAACUAAUGACCCCCUGCCCCAUUUCUUAAAUUCACCCAUAUAAUUGAGGAAUUAUCCUGCAAAUGUCGCCACGAAUGGAUUCAAAUACCCCCUCAAACAAACCCCCUUUUCUGAAAAAAAAAGGCAAAAAAAAACUGUUUCAUAUUUUAUAAUUAUACGUUUGUUUGUUUAUUAAAUUUAUUGUUUAGUCGUCUGCAAAUACUUAUGAUACUUCGAUAAGUACGAACAAUAUUUAUCCAUGGCCAAGGAUAAUUCGAACAUAAUAUUAUGUUAGGCCAAACGCGGCCCAGGGAAGCAAAUUGGAUACAAAAAAGUGCAAAAAUUGAAUUUUCCCGCCAUUGCUUUUUUCUCAUUUUUUUCUUGAAAAUGUACAGAUUUGCAAAUAAAAUGAAAAUUGAAGAAAA